UAUUUCAUAUAUAAGCAUACGAUUAAACCAACUCACAAUACUUUUCGGCUAUUAAAAAUUAUUCGAAAGAGAACUAAGCGCUACCUCGCCGCUUUUUAGCAAACAUUCGAGAUUCUUAGGCAUAUAUUAUUUAGGGUGUUUGCAUAAUUAAACAAAAACAUAAGCAAGAUCGUCAAAAUGGCGAGCGUAUCGCAGAAAAGUAUCGUCACAAAUGAAUCGAAAUUCAAUGUGCGGAGAUCCCAGAUGCAAAUGGGCCCAGACUAUAACGAGCCGCUCGAACUUGACAUCAUUGGCAUUUCGUAUAAAUACUAUUUGGAAGAGUAUUUACAAUUGUCGGAGGAGGAGCGCAAGCAACGUUUGUUCAGUUUGGAUGCCUUGGAUAUGCUGCGCACCAUUGAAGAGGUGCAAAAGGAGCUGGCCAUAUACAAGCUGGAGAACUACAUAAUGGUUGAUUUUCUGGAGAAGAACGAUCCAAAGCUGUUGGUCGGUCUGCGACAGCGACGCACCUCAAUAAUGAAGCGAUUGCAAACCAAGCGGAUAGCACAAUCGGACGGAUUACAGCAAUCCAGUCGACAUUCCAGCUCCAAGCGAUCCAUGGUCACGUCUAUAUACAUGGGCGGCAUGAGCACAACGGGCGAGCGACGCAAGCCAGUUGAGCAUAAGCUCAACUACAAGGCCAAGGCUGAAAUGGCCGAAAAGGCGGCGUCCGAGGUGGAAAAGCGCGUUAUAGACAUAGAAAAAAAUGCCAUGGUUGAGGUUAAGCAGCUGCGUGCCAAAAUCGAGGAGCUGUAUUAUCGCAGCGAGGAGACCAUCGAAACGGAGAAGAACUUUAUGCUACAUUUUCUACGCGAUGAGAACGAUGCCGCAUUUCUGGAGAGCGCCACCGAGCGUCAGAUUGAGCGCAAGCUGCGCAAAUUUACGGCCAAUUGGUUUAAGAAUGCGCGCGCCCUGCUGGGCACCAUGCGGCUGACCAUUGUCUCGCUGCAGGAGACGUGCCAGCAGCAUCGUGCCGAUUUGAUAACCAAGGCGGAUCUGAGUGGCAUUUUGACAGCGGUCGAUUUUGAGAAGCUGAUCAUCAAGCGAACAGAGCUGACCAACGAGCUGGAGGAGAAGAACAUACACAUGUCGGGCCUGAAGGGUGUCACCGGCAAAACCUCACUGGCCAUGACCGAGGAGAAGCAGGCCAUGAUGAAUCUGGAGACCGAAAUGCGUAAUGUGCUCAAUCGCACCGAGGAAAUAACACGCACUAUAGCCAAACUGGAAAAGGAGGUGGCCGCGGUGCAGGCCAACAAUGAGAAGGACCACAUCAUAUUGGGCGAGCUGCGCUCCCAGCUGGAGGAGUUCGAGGCGCCCAGCGUAACAGAGUAUAUUGAAAAGAAGGAGGAGGCCAUCUAUCUGGAGAAGGAGGAGAAAAUGCUGCAGCGCAAGAUCUACAUAUUAAACAUGAAACUGAACAAUGUGAUGCGACGUUGCAGAUAUCGCGACGAUUAAUAAAAAAAGGGAA